AUGUUCCAUGUUAUACCACAAAAUACAUCUAACAUAUCAUCAUCAAUGAAUGAGACAUUAUCUAAAAUGGAUGUUGAUUUAAAUAUAAAUUUAGAUUAUGGUGAAGUAGAAGUGAGAAUUAGUCAAUUUAUGGUACUUAUGUCUGAUCCCCUUCAAAUGCGUUCAUUGUAUCAUGAAGAUGUAUUAAAGGUUAAUGAAGGAAAUGAUUUAUUAUUAUCAUGUCGUGUACGUGGCCGACCUACACCAUUAAUUUCAUGGUAUAUUAAUCAAACAGAAAUUAAAAAUCCAUGGAGAUUAGAAACAGGACGUGGAAUAAUUCAAAAAUCACGAUAUCUAUCGAAACUUCAAUUGAGUAAUGUACAUACCACUGACAAUGCUAAUUAUACAUGUUUAGCAGAGAAUUUAAAUGGUCAUAUACGUAAAUCAGUACAAGUGAUUGUUAAACCAGCAACUACUUCACCACCACCUACUACAACACCUCCCCCGACGACAACUGAAAUGACAACAACUUCUGUACAUCCUUGUCAUAAUUAUUGUCAUCGAGGCCAUUGUUACAUCAUAGAUGGGAAACCAUAUUGCAGUUGUAUUUCCCAAUAUCGUGGAGUAAGAUGCGACCUUUUUACACCAGAAAAAGAAGAAAACCAUUUGGAUCAACUGCCAAUUAAUGAAUCAAAAUUUGAUUCAUGCGAAUCAGGCUGUGAAUCAAAUCUUGCUCGUGUACUUUUAUUUUCAACAAUCGGUAUUCUUCUUACAUUACUUUUCAUCUUUUUUCUAUGUUCAAUAAUUCAAAUUUGUUAUAAAAAGCGACAGUCAUCAAACAGAACAUGUUCAUCAGUAGUGGUAAAAUCAACAGUUUCGAAACAAGAUAAUCCAGAAAAUAUUCCAUAUAAAUUGAAUCAACAUUCAAUCAAUUUAUCAUUACCUAAACAGAAUUAUUCAAAACUAUCUAAAAUAUAUCUUAAUCCAUUAUUUGAUACAGAUAUAACUAAAGCAUAUUCAAUGAAUAGUAAAACUAAUCCUACGGAUAUAAGCUCACAAAUUACAAUGAACGAGAAUUCUAAACGUCAUCAUCAUCAUCAGCAGCAGCAUCAUCAUCAGCGGUAUCAGCAGCAGUAUCAUCAUAUUCUUUCUAAUCAACAGUUUCCCAUUACAAACAUAAAACAUAAUUGUACGAAUUAUAUUGAUCCUUCAACAUAUAUAUCUUCAAUAUCAACUAUGAAUAAAACUGAUCUACAAAUGAUCGAUCAUUCAGAUAUUCAUAAAAAUUUAUCAAUAUCAUCCAUUAUUGAUUUCAUUGAAAAUUCUUCAAUAUUAUCUGAUUCUUUAAUUAAUUAUUCUGAUAAUUUAUCACAUAUAAUGAAACAAUCAAUAAAUCAAUUAGAUCAUUCUAAGAUCAAUAAUAUAAAUCAUAUAGAAACCAUGGAAACUUCUUUAUUACAUAAUAUACCAAUAAUAAGUGAAUUCAAUGAUGAUAAAUCUAUUAAUCCAAUAAAUGAUCACACUCAUUUACCGAAUACUUAUACAAGUUCUAAUGGUUCAAAUCAAUAUAAUCUAUCAUUAAUUGAUCUAUAUCAAUCAAAUUAUAUACCAUGUUCAAAUGUAGACUCAAUCAUUCAUCAUAUACCAUUCAUGACUAACUUAUCCCAUGAUAAUAAUAAUAAUAAUAAUAAUGAUAAUGUUAUAUUCAAUUUGAAUAAUACUAAUGAUAUGACAAAUAAUACAGAAUGUUUAAAUCAUUGCCAUUGUUCAACAUUCAAUAAACUAAGUAAUACAGAAAAUAUGUUACAUAACUCAUUAAUAUGGAAUCAUUCAAAUAAUAAUGACCAUGAUCAUAACACAAUGAUGAAUGCAUCCUCAUUAUCAAAUAACUCUUGUCAACAAUGUUUAAUACAUCAUCAUCCUCAUCAUUGUAACCAUGGCUACCAAAUAAAUCAAUAUGAAUAUUCUAAAAAUUCUCCAAUACAAUUAGAAUUCAAUUCAAUGACAAAUACUUCUAAGAGUUGUUAA